ACUCCCCCCCCCCGCCCUCUGUAACGAAGGGUGCGCGUGCAUGCUCUGGGCGGUUGCGUGACUGAUUAAAAAGGUGGCGACUGAGACAAGAACGGCGCGCGCUCUUGGUUAAACGACUUAUAGCUGUCGUCGGCGCGUGGUCGAAGCCGCGUCUGCUUCUCCCCUUCCCGCGCGCUCUCGUUCUGUCCCCGUCGUGUGUGAGUGUGCACCAGUGGGGGAGGGGAGCGAAUGAGGCGUCUCUGCCCUCCGCCGGUUCAUUUUUGUAUUCAUCCCUUCCAUGGUUGCUGCUCCACCCCUCUGGCUGGAUAGCCUUUGCCUGCUUCCCCGGGGCCCUAGGAAGGAAAAAAGGAUCGCGACGGAGGGGGUGGGAAAAAGGUGACGACCUGGCGGCGGUAGCGAGAGGCAGCAGCGGAGCGACAGGCAGGCGGCAGAGGCCCAGAGGAGAAAGAAACGGGGAGCGGCGGCAGCUGGAGAAAUUUUCGGCGUAGCCAUUGGAACCUCGCGGACGGAUUGGGCUGUUCGGUGUGAAAGGACUGGAUUUAACGUGGUGUGGUGAUUGGCGGCAGCGGCGGCGUGUUGUGUGGGGAGCGCGGAGGGGAUCCUGCCCGCGCCCCCCCCUCGGCCGCCUGCAAGGAUAAUUCUGCCCUAUCUGGACCAUGGCCGACGACGACGUGCUGUUCGAGGAUGUCUAUGAGCUGUGCGAGGUGAUCGGCAAGGGUCCAUUCAGUGUUGUGCGGCGAUGUAUCAACAGAGAAACUGGGCAACAAUUUGCUGUCAAGAUUGUCGAUGUAGCAAAAUUCACUUCAAGUCCAGGCUUAAGUACUGAAGAUCUGAAGAGAGAAGCAAGUAUCUGUCACAUGCUGAAACAUCCUCACAUUGUUGAACUUUUGGAGACCUAUAGUUCUGAUGGAAUGCUAUAUAUGGUUUUUGAAUUUAUGGAUGGUGCAGAUCUCUGCUUUGAAAUAGUAAAGAGAGCAGAUGCUGGUUUUGUGUACAGUGAAGCCGUAGCCAGUCAUUACAUGAGACAGAUAUUGGAAGCACUGCGCUAUUGUCAUGAUAAUAAUAUAAUUCACAGGGAUGUGAAGCCACACUGUGUACUACUUGCUUCAAAGGAAAAUUCAGCACCUGUAAAACUUGGUGGUUUUGGUGUUGCUAUUCAAUUAGGAGAAUCAGGACUUGUUGCCGGAGGACGUGUAGGAACUCCUCAUUUUAUGGCUCCAGAAGUAGUAAAAAGAGAGCCUUAUGGAAAGCCUGUAGAUGUAUGGGGCUGUGGAGUUAUUCUUUUUAUUCUGCUUAGUGGUUGUUUACCUUUUUAUGGUACAAAAGAAAGAUUGUUUGAAGGCAUUAUCAAAGGAAAAUACAAGAUGAAUCCCAGACAGUGGAGCCAUAUAUCUGAAAGUGCCAAAGAUCUAGUUCGGCGCAUGCUUAUGCUUGACCCAGCUGAGAGAAUAACUGUUUAUGAGGCACUUAAUCAUCCUUGGCUGAAGGUAUGGAGAACAAAAAUCUUAAAAGAUCUGAUUGAUUUAUUUACUAACAUGAAUUACAUUCUUAUAGAUCCAUUGAUAAUUUAUGCAAUAAUUUAUUGCACUUAUUCUAUAAUUGGGCACUCGGUCUCUAAAAGGUUCGCCAUCACUGUGAUAGACUCACUUUCAAUAGAUCUAUUCAGGGAGAGGCUAGACAAUCAGGCUUCUUUGUAUUCACGCAGUGAGCGUGGUGUUGGAAUUAAUGCUAUAAAAACUCCUUCCAACAUUAUAAAAAAGGGUGCAGUACUGGCAGCAGUAUCAAGCCACAAAUUCAAUUCCUUCUAUGGUGAUCCCCCUGAAGAACUGCCAGAUUUCUCGGAAGACCCUACUUCCUCAGGAGCAGUUUCACAGGUGUUAGACAGCCUAGAAGAAAUUCAUGCACUUACAGAUUGCAGUGAAAAAGACUUAGACUUUCUGCAUAGUGUAUUUCAAGAUCAGCAUCUUCAUACAUUACUAGACCUCUAUGACAAAAUUAAUACAAAAUCUUCACCACAAAUCAGAAAUCCACCAAGUGAUGCUGUACAGAGAGCCAAAGAGGUAUUGGAAGAAAUUUCAUGUUACCAAGAAAAUAGUGAUGCAAAAGAACUUAAACGUAUUUUAACUCAACCUCAUUUCAUGGCCUUACUCCAAACUCAUGAUGUAGUGGCACAUGAAGUUUACAGUGAUGAAGCAUUAAGAGUUACUCCACCUCCCACAUCUCCAUAUUUAAAUGGAGAUUCUCCAGAAAGCAUAAAUGGAGACAUGGACAUGGAGAAUGUCACAAGAGUGCGAUUGGUUCAGUUCCAAAAAAACACAGAUGAACCAAUGGGAAUCACUUUAAAAAUGAAUGAACUGAAUCAUUGCAUUGUAGCAAGAAUUAUGCAUGGAGGAAUGAUUCACAGGCAAGGUACACUUCAUGUAGGGGAUGAAAUUCGGGAAAUAAAUGGAAUUAGUGUGGCAAAUCAAACAGUGGAACAACUUCAGAAAAUGCUUAGAGAAAUGAGAGGAAGCAUCACCUUCAAGAUUGUGCCAAGUUAUCGCACUCAAUCUUCUUCAUGUGAGAGAGAUUCCCCCUCUACAUCCAGACAGUCCCCAGCUAAUGGCCAUAGCAGCAUUAACAAUUCUAUUUCGGACUUGCCAUCAACAACACAACCGAAAGGACGACAGAUAUAUGUAAGAGCACAAUUUGAAUAUGAUCCAGCAAAGGAUGAUCUUAUUCCCUGCAAGGAAGCUGGCAUCAGAUUUAGAGUUGGUGAUAUUAUCCAGAUUAUUAGCAAAGAUGAUCACAAUUGGUGGCAGGGUAAACUUGAGAAUUCAAAAAAUGGAACUGCAGGCCUCAUUCCUUCUCCUGAGCUUCAGGAAUGGCGAGUAGCUUGUAUUGCUAUGGAGAAGACUAAACAAGAGCAGCAGGCAAGCUGUACUUGGUUUGGAAAGAAAAAGAAGCAGUACAAAGACAAAUAUUUAGCAAAGCACAAUGCAGUGUUCGAUCAAUUAGAUCUUGUCACCUAUGAAGAAGUGGUAAAAUUACCUGCAUUCAAAAGGAAAACACUUGUUUUAUUAGGAGCACAUGGUGUUGGGAGAAGACAUAUUAAAAAUACACUAAUUACAAAACAUCCAGACCGAUUUGCAUACCCUAUUCCACAUACAACCAGGCCACCAAAGAAAGAUGAAGAGAAUGGAAAGAAUUAUUACUUUGUAUCACAUGACCAAAUGAUGCAGGACAUUUCCAACAACGAAUAUUUGGAAUAUGGUAGCCAUGAAGAUGCAAUGUAUGGGACAAAACUGGAAACAAUACGGAAGAUCCAUGAACAGGGAUUAAUUGCAAUACUUGAUGUAGAACCUCAGGCCUUGAAGGUCCUGAGAACUGCAGAGUUUGCUCCUUUUGUUGUUUUUAUUGCUGCACCUACAAUUACCCCAGGCAUUAAUGAGGAUGAAUCUCUUCAACGCUUGCAAAAGGAAUCAGAAAUCUUACAGAGAACAUAUGCACACUACUUUGACCUUACAAUUAUCAACAAUGAAAUUGAUGAAACAAUCAGGCAUCUGGAAGAAGCCAUUGAGCUUGUUUGCAAAGCAUCACAAUGGGUUCCUGUUUCCUGGAUAUAUUAAUCCAAUUACCAGAAGAAUGUGAUCAUUAUUGGAAGUCACCUCAUACUUGGAAAAACCUCUUUGUUAUUGACCUUAUGUCAACAGGUCUUGGCCCCUAGAGACUACCUAGAUGUAGUGUGACCUACAUUUAUAAUUAUUGUCGUCCUUAUAGCUAGGCAAAAAAUAUGAUAAUUUAAAGAGACAGUAUCUUUUUUAAUCAGUUCUCCUAAAUUUUAUUAAAAUGUAUCUUUAAAUAUAUGUAUUAUUCAAUCCUUUGGAAUGUUAUAUUUUUGGAACUCAUAGCUUUUAAUUUCAAAGGCCCCUAAAACUGCACAAAAUAGAUGCUGCUUUCUAUAAUCUAUUUUAAUAAUAAUGUGAUCUUUACUUUAAUUGGGGGUGGAACAUUGCAUCUUUUAGAGUCUGAUUUUGUGAAUUGGAUUGAGUUGCUUUCCUUUAUUUAUUUGAAAUUAUUAGCCCAAUCAUGACCAGAUCAAUACUUAUAUUCUAAUGGCCUUCUUCUGCUUUUUUAAAUCAUUUUUAGAGUAGCAUUUUUGAAGUAUUUUGGUUUAAUAGGCAGAUAAUGUGAUACUGUCUCUUUGAAGAACUCUGUAAAACUGAAUAGAGAUUUGAAGUUGGGUCUUGACUCUUAAUGCAUGUGGACAGUUGCAAGCGUUCAUGCCGUUGGUGUAUCUGUGUUGAAAAAACUGUAAUCUACAACCAAGUACAUUCCGUUCAUGGGGGGAAGAUACCCAAGGGAAUAAAAUAAAAUACUAUGACUAAGUUGUAAAACCUAUGCACAUCCCUUGCAUUUUGGGCAACUUUAUAAACAAAACUCCUAAUUUUUAUUAUUAAUCAUGUAGUGAAAUGUGUUUGUAAUUUUGUCUCAAAUUAAUUUGUUGUAAAGAUGGGUGGGGGAAAAAUUACUGGUUUUGCCAUUUCAGAUCUGUGUUGUCUGAGAGUAUUACCGUUUUAAUUAUGUUUAAGCAAAUAUGCUGAUUUUUAAUAUGUAUGUAAUUGUUUUGGAAAUGCACACAUUUUAAGAGAAAAUACUGUGCAAUGAAAGAAACCCAGUUUAGGCUUUGCGAUAAAUUAACAGUUCCCAAAAACUCAGCUGCUGCAGCCCUGUAAAUUCUUUUCAGAUUCUAUAGUCUGACCAUUUUUUAAAGUUUUAUUUUAAAUAUACUUCAUUUUAUGUGUUCAACAAUUAAAUGCCUUGAGUCAUUCAUUUCAUCACAGGAUUCUACAAUUACUUAAGAAAAAACAGCCAAUUUUUUUGUAGAUAUUUAGAAAAAAGCUCUCAUCUUUGUGAUAUUUGACAUUCAUGCUUUAAUUGCACACUCACUCUGCAAAUAAGGGUCGCUUCAUACAUUCAUAUAUUCACAUUUUAGCACUUGCUUGUAUUAUACAUGCUGAAAAGUAUAUAUUCCCAAAACACAUUGUAAUAAAAUAAAUAUAUGAUUUAGAUAAAAUGGAGUUUCCAAUUAGCUAUGGCCCGCUGAGCUAUAUGCUAUGGUUGGAAAAAAAUACGAUCUUGGCAAUGUGUGGAACAGUCCUAAAUCUUAGAUAUGGAGCCUUAAUAAGCAAAUUUUACCAUGAAUUCAUCUCAGGGUUAUUGCUAUAUUCUGAUUUCUCUAACCAAUGUCUUAGCAAGGAUAACAUCUGUUCCCCAUCAUAACAGAAGGAGACUGUGCAUUAUCCAUCCCAGUUUGUGAUAUCUUUGUGACUCAAAUCUCCAUGUAUCACUGGUAUUACUGUAUCUUGGACUGAUUGUUUUACAUUUUUAUUAUUUAAUAUGGAUUAUUUGCUUUUGUUAUUAAAUUCCAGUAUGUUUUUGAAAA